AUGCUGAUAAGUACAGAAGUGUUGCUAACAUCAAUAUUCUUGCUAUGGAUAUAUGUCUUGUGGUCCCGCCGAAAAUUCUACAAGGUAUUUCUUCAACUACGCGGUCCUUUGGGGUUGCCAUUUGUGGGCGUGGCAUUCAAAAUGAUGAAACCAGAAAACUUUUUACAGAAUAUGGAGAACAUGUCAAAACAGUACAACAGCCCUUUCAUUUCUUGGAUGGGUACUCAAUGUUUUCUCUACGUCAAUGAUCCGGAAACAAUGGAAACUAUUUUCAAUUCACCAUGCUGCACAAACAAAGGCGACGUGUAUAGAUUUAUGGCCAAUGCCAUAGGGGAUGGUCUAUUCACAUCGAGCUCCCCACGGUGGAAUAAACACAGACGUCUUCUGAAUCCUGCCUUCGGCCGCAAGGCCGUUCAAGCCUUCCUGCCCGUUUUCAAUAGAGAAGCAAAUACCCUUGUCCAAACACUGACCGUGUCUCUGGGUCAAAAGCUAGAGAUUUAUGGACUGUUGAAGAAAAUUGUCCUGGAUUUAGCAUGUCAAACAACAAUGGGACAAAAGACGAAUAUCCCAAACGAUAGUUCAGAUGCAGUAUUCCAAGCAUACAAUGGCAUUACGGAAGCGUGUGUGACGCGGAUGUUAUCUCCCUGGUUGUAUUCGGAUUCAGUUUAUCAAUUUUCAACUUUAUACAAAAGGCAGCAGCAGUUCAGCACAUUCCUACAAGACUUUGUGGAGCAAGUAAGAGAGUACAUAUGAUAUACGUUAUUUGUAUCUUACUGCAAUAGUUAUGAUGAUAUUCAAAAAUCAAAACCUCACAAUUUUUUAUGCAAAAUCCGAGAGCACAUUUCAACGGGACAAUUGACAUAUCAAGACGCAAGAGACGAAGCAAAUGUUAUUGUGGCAGCGACGUUCGAGACUACAGCAACUGCUCUUUAUUUUGUCUGCUUGUGUCUAGCUAUUCAUCCCGAUUGUCAGGAUAAAUUAUAUAACGAAUUAGUGGAAAUUUUCCCAAAAUUAUCCAAUGGUGGUGAUGCCAACAUAACAUUUGAGCAACUGGAACGCAUGUCAUACACCGAAAUGGUGAUAAAUGAGUCAAUGCGACUCUUUUCCCCCGUCCCAAUGGUACUGCGACGUGUUUCCGAAGAUUUCUACUUACGAAAUGGGUCGGGCCAUGCUAUUCUAUUGCCAAAAGGUAUCCAGGUUGCGCUGGAUAUUUUUAAUAUGCAUCGCAAUGAAGUAUUUUGGGGCCCUCAUGCUCGUUCAUUCGCGCCCGAGCUGCAUUUUGGACCCACAGCAGAGAGGCAUUCGUUUGCGUUUGUGCCCUUCACCAAAGGACUUCGCAUGUGCAUUGGUUACCGGUAUGCCCUGAUGCUGAUGAAGGUAAUGUUGGCACAUCUAUUCCGCAACUUUCGAAUACACACGGAAGUAAAGCUGAAGGAUUUGAAUAUAAAGGGCACGAUAUCGUUAAAGCUAAGUGAUUACCCAUUGUGUACAAUAAAAGCAAGAAGUGAAAACGUAUCUUCUAUAUAA